AUUUCUCUUUUUUGUUCUCGAUCUGUGAAAAGAUGCCACUUUUUCUUGUAUUACACAUCUGUUUCUUCGUGCAAGUAUUUUUGCUUAACAUGUGAAACCUAAAGGGUGUUACAUCUUAAAGAGGUCACUGCAAAUGAAGCUAUUUAAAAGUGAAGCUUUAAUUAAAGCAUUGUUUGUGCAUUAAUUCAUGUACAUUCUUUAAUGAAGUUUUAGAUAAUUUAAUGCAAUUUCAUGCACAAAAUCAAGCAAUAAAACAGUGUUUGCAAACUUGAUGACAAAGUGUCUUGUGCUUACUUUUGCCCAAUAAGACUGCAGCCAGUAGCUGUGAAAAAAGAAAAAAAGUGAGACAGUUCUAACACUGUUGUCCUUUCAUUCAUUCUCAGUUCCACAUUUUGGAGUCAUAGACGUUAGUUUGGAGUCAUAGAAGUUAGAUGCAACCAUGUCUUUUGUUGUGAUGGUGGCACUGCUGUUCUGUUCUGAGACACUCGGGUCACAUCCUGUGUUUGGAGAGGAGGAUAAUAUAUAUACUUAUGAUGAUGAUGAUGAUGACCACGUCUGGAAUGUAUCGGAGAUAGAAGGCGAUUUCUUUAAUCCAUUCAUGGAAAUAGAAGAAUUCUUUCAUUAUCCAUUGUUUGCAGUUAACCUGAUAGUGGUCUCCAUGUUCAACAACUCAGACUCCUGUAACCUUACUGUGACCUGCAGUACACAUAACUUUGAAAUCAACAGCAUUUUUAAAUGUGAUAACAAAUCCUGCCAUCAAGAGGGAGGAGAACAAAGAGAGACCUGGGGAUGGCCCAGUGUUUCUCUUCAUGUCUACCUGUCAGAUGGAUCCAUCAUAUGUAACCAUAGCAAUAAAGUAAAGUGGACCAAGGACAUGAUAGAGAUUGGACAUUUUUGUCCUCAAAAUGCUGGUUCUGAGAGUUUCUCUGACAGUGUCUCCUUCUGUAUGGUGAAGACAGUCGUGUUCUCUGUUGGUCUGAUCAUCAUGGUCUUUGCUGUCAUCAGUGUUCACCUCACAGAGAAAUUUCAGAUGCAAAACUAAAGAAAAAAAGGACGCACAUCUAUGCAUAAAACUGUUCAUGUACCUUUACAUGAACCCCACAGGGCAUGUAUGAUUAGUUGUCAAUGAAGUCCACCAAAUGCUUAGUUUAUAAAUAGAACUGCUUUUUGCUGAUGUUAAAAAUGUUUUUUUAGGAUUUCAUCGUAGGAAAAAAGUAUUUGGGAGGCUAAGCAGGUUUUUGACUUUUGAAUGUUUGGUAUAUAUCACUCUUGAUUGUAGACAUUUCUCCUGUUUGCUAUUUAUUCAUGCUGUCAGCAAUUUAGAUUUUAUUCCGGCACAGUUGGUGUGCAGCACCUUUAAUUUAGUUGUAUUUGUACAAUGGCAAUAAAGCGCUAUUCUGUUCUA